ACUGAAAUACCUGUGCCUAUUAGGUGUGUGCGUACAACCGGACCACCUCUAAAGUGGACGACUUCCUGGCCAAUGAGGCCAAAGGGAAGUCAGUGGUGGGCGCCCACAGUAUUAAGGAGAUGGUGUCCAAACUGAAAAGACCCCGACGUGUCAUACUUCUGGUUAAGGCCGGAUCAGCUGUCGACGACUUCAUCGCCCAAUUGGUGCCACACAUGGAGUCCGGGGACAUCAUCAUUGACGGCGGGAACUCCGAGUAUACCGACACUGAGCGCCGGUGCAAAGAGCUUAAGGGGAAGGGAUUGCUGUUUGUGGGGUCGGGUGUUAGUGGUGGCGAAGAGGGUGCCAGAUAUGGACCAUCGCUGAUGCCAGGAGGACAUCCCGAGGCCUGGCCACACAUUAAGGACAUAUUCCAGAAGGUGGCGGCUAAGGCCGAUGGCGAGCCCUGUUGCGAUUGGGUGGGCGAUGGAGGGGCCGGACAUUUCGUCAAAAUGGUCCACAACGGCAUAGAGUACGGGGACAUGCAGUUGAUCUGCGAGGCCUACCACGUCCUCAAAGACUCCCUGGGCUUAAGUCACGACCGAAUGGCCGACAUAUUCACCGAAUGGAAUACCACUGAAUUGGAUUCAUUCCUCAUCGAAAUCACGAGAGAUAUACUCAAGUUUAAGGACUCGGAUGGCGAGCCACUGGUCACUAAGAUUAGGGAUUCUGCCGGACAGAAAGGGACGGGCAAGUGGACGGCUAUAUCGGCGCUGGAUUAUGGAGUUCCCGUUACACUGAUUGGGGAGUCGGUGUUCGCGAGGUGUCUGUCCUCUCUGAAGGAGGAGCGUGUCAGCGCCAGUAGUGUUUUGAAAGGGCCGGCGACUACUAGAUUUAGUGGCGAUGAGACACAAUUCAUCGAUGAUAUUAGAAAAGCACUGUAUGCGUCGAAAAUCGUGUCGUACGCCCAGGGAUUCAUGUUAUUGCGUGAGGCGGCCAAACAGUUUGGUUGGGACCUGAACUACGGCGGUAUAGCCCUCAUGUGGAGGGGAGGGUGUAUCAUACGGUCCGUGUUUUUGGGUAACAUUAAGCAGGCCUUCACCGAUAACCCCAAACUGGCGAACCUAUUGGUCGACGACUUCUUCAACAAAGAGAUCACCAAAUGUCAGGACUCUUGGCGACGGGUGGUCUCGCAGGCGGUCCUGUUAGGCAUACCGACGCCCUGUUUCAGUACAGCGCUGGCCUUUUUCGAUGGCUACCGUUCCGAUACACUGCCGGCUAAUCUGAUUCAAGCCCAGAGGGACUACUUCGGCGCCCAUACCUACGAGUUGGUGUCCCAGCCGGGCAAAUGGGUGCAUACAAACUGGACCGGAAAGGGAGGCAAUGUGUCGGCGUCCAGUUAUAACGCUUAGGCAAUGGGAUGUUAUGUUUUAAAAUAAUAUGUCCUAAAGUAUAAAAUGAAAAACUUAUUGAAAGUAUUUUGAAAUGUAGUGUAGAUUUUUUAAAUGUUGAAUAUUGUGUAAACUUAAGGUGUUUCCGGUGUUUUGCACUUAAACUCCCAGCGACUAGUGUUUUUUGAAAUCGCACCCAGGAUCAAUUUUUUUAUCUUAACAAUCUGAAUCUCAAUCUCAAAAUUAAUCUGAAUCUCAAA